CGCUGGGCACGGGCGCGGGCUGCAGUCCCCGCGCGCCACCGUCGUUGCCUACUCCGAUCGGGCUCGGCCCGGCGCGGUGGGCGGCCAGAGCUAUGUGACCUGGGGCCAGCGGGCGCGGCGCGGCGCGGCACGGGCUGCGGCCGGACCGCAGCGAUGUGGUUGAAGCCGGAGGAGGUGCUGCUGAAGAACGCCCUGAAGCUCUGGGUGACCCAGAAGAGCAGCUGUUACUUCAUCCUGCAGCGGCGCCGCGGGCAUGGCGAGGGGGGUGGCCGCCUCACCGGUCGCCUGGUAGGUGCUCUGGAUGCAGUGCUGGAUUCCAAUGCACGGGUUGCUCCAUUUCGAAUUCUGCUUCAAGUUCCUGGGUCCCAGGUUUAUUCUCCCAUAGCAUGUGGUGAGUUACUGAAUGGAUCAGACGUUUACUGGGCCAUAGCCACUGGUGCAACAUUAGAAGAAAUAAACCAGCAUUGGGACUGGCUGGAGCAAAACCUCCAGCACACUUUAUCUGUGUUUGAUAAUAAAGAAGACAUUGCUAGUUUUGUGAAAGGGAAAGUAAAGGCUCUGAUUGCAGAGGAGACAAGCAGCAAACUUGCAGAGCAGGAAGAGGAGCCUGAGAAGUUCCGAGAAGCCUUGGUGAAGUUUGAGGCCAGGUUUAACUUCCCGGAGGCAGAGAAGCUAGUCACCUAUUACUCCUGCUGCUGUUGGAAAGGCAGAGUGCCCCGCCAAGGCUGGCUGUACCUCAGCAUCAACCACCUCUGCUUCUACUCCUUCUUCUUGGGCAAGGAACUAAAACUUGUAGUCCCUUGGGUUGAUAUCCAGAAGUUAGAAAGAACAUCCAAUGUCUUUCUGACGGAAACCAUCCGAAUCACUACGCAGAAUAAGGAACGUGACUUCUCCAUGUUCCUGAACCUCGAUGAGGUGUUCAAGAUAAUGGAGCAGCUGGCAGAUGUGACACUCCGAAGGCUGCUGGACAAUGAGGUCUUUGAUCUGGACCCAGACCUGCAGGAGCCAAGCCAGAUCACCAAGCGGGAUCUUGAAGCCAGAGCACAGAAGGAGUUCUUCCGGGCCUUCUUCAGGUUGCCAAGGAAAGAGAAGCUGCAUGCAGUCAUGGAUUGUUCUCUUUGGACACCAUUUAGUCGCUGUCACACUGUGGGGCGGAUGUUUACCUCUGAUAGUUACAUCUGCUUUGCUAGCAAGGAAGAUGGCUGUUGUAAUGUUGUCCUUCCACUCAGAGAGGUAGUGAGCAUUGAGAAGAUGGAGGACACAAGUCUGCUGCCUAACCCCAUCAUUGUCAGCAUCAGGAGCAAGAUGGCCUUCCAGUUCAUCGAGCUUAAGGAUAGAGAUAACUUGGUGGAGAGUCUGCUGGCGAGGCUGAAGCAAGUCCAUGCCAACCACCCUGUGCAUUAUGACACCUCAAGUAAUGAAGACAUGACUUCACCUGUGUUUCCUUCAGCAAGCAUGUGCAGUGACCACAAGUUUGGGGAUCUUGAAAUGGUGUCUUCUCAAAAUAGCGAGGAAAGUGUGAAAGAAAAGAGCCCACUGCUUAACCCCGAGGCCCUGAUAGCCAUCUUCCAGCAGUCAGGCAGCCAGAGCCCUGACUCCCGCAUGUCCAGAGAACAGAUAAAAAUAAGCCUGUGGAACGACCACUUUGUGGAAUAUGGCAGAACUGUUUGUAUGUUUCGCACAGAAAAGAUCCGCAAGCUCGUGGCCAUGGGGAUCCCUGAAUCUUUACGUGGCAAACUCUGGCUUCUCUUCUCAGAUGCUGUCACAGACCUCGCCUCCCAUCCUGGUUACUAUGGGAAUCUGGUAGAAGAGUCCAUGGGGAAGUGUUGCCUAGUGACAGAGGAGAUCGAACGUGACCUGCACCGUUCCUUACCAGAGCACCCCGCCUUCCAAAAUGAAACAGGAAUAGCUGCUUUGAGGAGAGUGCUGACAGCCUAUGCCCACCGGAACCCUCAAAUUGGAUACUGCCAGUCCAUGAACAUCCUGACCUCAGUAUUGCUGCUGUAUGCCAAAGAAGAAGAAGCCUUUUGGUUGCUGGUUGCUGUGUGUGAGCGGAUGUUGCCUGAUUACUUCAACCACCGAGUGAUAGGGGCUCAAGUGGACCAGUCUGUCUUUGAAGAGCUCAUCAAAGAACACCUCCCCGAGCUGGCAGAGCACAUGAAUGACCUCUCAGCCCUGGCGUCCAUAUCUCUCUCGUGGUUCCUGACUCUGUUCCUCAGCAUUAUGCCUUUAGAGAGUGCAGUGAAUGUUGUAGACUGCUUCUUCUAUGAUGGGAUCAAAGCCAUCUUCCAGUUGGGGCUGGCUGUGCUCGAGGCCAAUGCUGAGGACCUGUGCAGCAGCAAGGACGAUGGCCAGGCCUUGAUGAUCCUCAGCAGGUUUCUGGAUCACAUAAAAAAUGAGGAGAGCCCUGGGCCCUCAGUCGGCAGCUACCAUGCUUUUUUCUCCGAUGACCAGGAGCCCUACCCUGUGACUGACAUUGCUGACUUGAUCCGGGACUCCUACGAGAAAUUUGGAGACCAGUCUGUGAAGCAGAUUGAGCACCUGCGUUGUAAACACAGGAUCAGGGUUCUCCAAGGGCAUGAAAAUACCACAAAGCAGAAUGUGCUUCGUGUCGUUAUCCCAGAAGUCUCGAUUCUUCCUGAAGACUUAGAGGAACUCUACGACUUAUUCAAGAGAGAACACAUGAUGAGCUGUUACUGGGAGCAGUCCAGUCCUGUGGUGCAGCGCCAUGACCCCAACAGGCCUUAUGCAGAGCAGUACCGCAUAGACCCUAAGCAGUUUGUAAACCUGUUUAAGCUUGUCUCACCAUGGACCUGCGGAGCCCACACAGAGAUCCUUGCAGAAAGGACUUUCAGACUCCUGGAUGACAACAUGGACCAUCUCAUUGAAUUCAAAGGAUUUAUUAGCUGCCUAGAUGUUAUGUAUAAUGGAGAAAUGAAUGAAAAAAUUAAACUGCUGUAUAGGCUUCAUAUCCCUCCAGCACUCACUGAAAAUGACCAGGACAGUCAGUCACCAUUAAAAAAUCCUCUGUUGUCAACUUCAAGACCCCUGGUUUUUGGGAAAUCAAAUGGUGAUGCGACUGAUUAUCAGAAACAGCUGAAGCAGAUGAUUAAGGAUUUAGCCAAAGAAAAAGAUAAAACUGAGAAAGAGUUACCCAAAAUGAGCCAGAGAGAAUUUAUCCAAUUCUGUAAAACUCUGUACAGUAUGUUCCAUGAAGAUCCAGAAGAAAACGAUUUGUAUCAAGCCAUCGCCACGGUAACCACUCUCCUGCUGCAGAUAGGGGAAGUAGGGCAGCGCAGCAGCAGCUCUGGAAGCUGCUCCCAGGAGGCAGGGGAAGACCUGCGGGUUUCAGGGCCUUCUCCUGACCAGGACUCUGUUUUUGCCGACACUGGAACUAUUCCCCAGGACUCUGAAAUAUGUCCCAAUGAGACAGGUAGAGAAGAGGAUUGGACUGUCUCUCUUGAACACAUUUUAGCAUCACUUCUGACUGAACAAUCACUAGUAAACUUCUUUGAAAAGCCACUAGAAAUUAAAUGCAAACUCGAAAAUGCCAAGAUCAAUCAGUACAGUCUCAAAACCUUUGAAUUGAGCCACCAAUCUCAGCCUGAACUCAAGCUGAGUAACCGGUAGCAGGACAGCAGCUUGCUGUGGAGCACACUGGAGCCCACCAUACCAAAGCAAGGAUCGCAGGAUGUUUCUUGGGUUGUCAGCCUGCAGAUCCAGAUUUGUCUAGUUCCUUUGGAGUACACCCUUUACAUACUGGGGAUCUGGAUAGAGCAACCUGACAGCCAGAACUGCGGCCAGGGAAACUGAUGCAACCUUCAAACAUUUGUUUAU